CGUUGUGGGGCUGUCCCCCGGCUGCUCCUCACUGAUGGAGCUGCAGCAGGACCGACACCCCUCGUACCUCCCGCAGCAGCCGCACAUCUACGGCCCCGCUGGCGCCCCACGACUGAGCCAUCAGCCUUUGAAAACGUGUUCCCUGGUUGGAGGGGGGCUGGACGGCGCCUCGGCCGUGGGGCCACACCCUGUGCUGGGCGUGGGGCAGCCGCUGGAGCAGGGCAGGGAGAGGCAGCAGAGGCUCUUCCAGGUGCAGCAGCAGCAGCAGCAGCAGCCAGCACUUGGACUCCAGCCCCUGCAGCUGCAGCAGCCGCUGGUGAGCAGAGUGUUCGGGGUGUUUGGGGGGUGUGUGGGGAGGGACAGGGUGGGCUCUGUCACUUGUGCACAGGGAAGUGUUCCCUUGGCCAUGUGA